CAUGCCAUCAUGGGCGAGCUAUGCUUCAGUUGCCAUGAGUCCCUGAAAGUGAGCUCAUGUCAGAAUCCACUCCUGAAACGAAAAAAUAAACACGCGCAACAUUUCGAAUUCCGCGCUCUUUCGUCGGACGAGACAAGACAGCAGUAUUCAAAAAUACAAUUGCGAAAUGUGAUAGCACCUCUACCAUCAAGAAAGUGAUAUAAUCUCCCCCGUUCGACCCGGCGCCUAAUUACAUUCAAAUGCAGGAAAAAAUCGCACAUUUUGGAUUAUUCAGUUAGUCCCAGAUGAUACCACGCCUAGGACUUCGUGAGAACGAUGCAUUUUACAAUCGUUCCUUUGCUUGCACUUUUUUUAAGAGUUGCUCACGCUGUAGAUCCAUCGCAAUGUAUUGCACCGCUGGGUAUGGAGAACGGAGCCAUACGUGAUGAUGAUAUAUCGGCUAGCUCCUCGUUCGAGAACGGAAAUGUUGGACCGCAGCAUGGACGCGUGAGGACGGAGCGGAACGGCGGAGCGUGGUGUCCCCAGAAACAGGCAACAACGGAACCGGAAGAGUGGCUGCAGAUCGACUUGAAGACGGCGCACGUGAUCACAUCGGUCGGCACGCAGGGAAGGUUUGGGAACGGCCAGGGGGUCGAAUUCGCCGAAGCGUACAUGCUCGAGUAUUGGAGGCCCCGAUUGAACAAAUGGAUCAAAUAUCAUAAUUAUAAAGGGGAAGAGGUAAUAAAGGCGAACACAAACACGUACUUGGAGGCAAAGAAAACGUUGGAUCCUCCGAUAUGGGCCAGCAAAAUUCGAUUCUACCCGUACAGUUAUCAUCAAAGAACUGUAUGCAUGAGAGUGGAGCUCUACGGUUGCAAAUGGACGGACGGCAUCGUGAGCUAUUCAAUGCCCCAAGGGGAUAAGAGAGGGUCAAAUUGGGAAUUUUAUGAUUUCGGAUAUGAUGGCCAUUGGGAUGGACAUGACCUGAAGUACGGACUUGGACAAUUAAUAGAUGGGAAGUUCGGGCAAGACAAUUUCAAAUUGGACUUUUACGAUGACCUGCAGACUUGGGUGGGUUGGAAGAAUGACAGCAGAUCGAACAGGCCAAUUGAAAUAACGUUCGAGUUCGACAGGAUCCGGGAAUUUUCCGCCGUGCACAUCUAUUCGAACAACUUGUUCACGAAAGAUGUGCAGGUAUUUUCAAUGGCUAAAGUUUUGUUUAGCAUCGGCGGUAAGGUAUUCACGAAAGGUGAACCAAUAAGCUAUGAAUACAUCGAGGAUAAAAUAUUCGAGAACUCGCGGAACGUUUCAAUUAAGCUGCACCAUCGCAUCGGGAAGUUCGCGAAGCUUCAACUUUAUUUCUCUGCCAAAUGGUUGCUAAUAAGCGAAAUUACGUUUGAUUCAAUAGUGGCACAUGGUAACUUCACCGUUGAAUCGGAGCCGACGGAUGCACCGAAAGGAGAUUUCGAUAAAAAUAAUAGGGAGCACAAGAUCGAGAUACCAAUCCAUCAGCACACAUUGCAAGAUGCUACCUAUCUGACGAUCAUCAUUAUAACGCUGAUCAUUCUGAUCUUGCUGUGCGCCGUCGCCAUUCCUAUGAUAAUCAAUCGCUUCAGGAGCAGAAAGUUCUUGCAAAGUCCGAAUGCACCGAACAUGGGUUUUCCCGCAAACACGUUACCUCGUUUGCAACCUGAAUCGAUUUUCGGUGGAAUGAGCGAAAAGGUCAGUGCCAUAGAGGCGUACGGUGUGACUGAAAUAGAUGAUUGCAGAAGUCACGGAACGUUGAAAUCUAGCUUAAGAUCGACGCUACCGUUGCCUCAAAUCGGACACAAGAUGUGCGACACUAUCGAAUAUCAAGAACCAUAUCAGGCAAAGUAUGCACCUUACUACAGCUACAGUUCUGUCGUCAUGGAGAUGCAAAAUACUUUAAGCACCAAACGCAAUUAUGCAUCGACGACACCUGUUGAUGUAUACGAUUAUGCAAUACCCGAAGGUGGCACUCUGCCACUCCUCGUUACCGAACCAUCCCAAUGCAAUAAAGAUAACGAUAUUAAUACCAAAGCUAGGAGUAGUUAUAAUAGAUCUCCAACCGAACAAGAAGCAAUAAACGCGUUGAGGAAACGCUUCGAGGAAGUCGUGUUGCCUGAAUUUCCACGGCAUAGAUUAAGGAUGUUAUCUAAGUUAUCUGAAGGAGCAUUUGGAACUGUUUAUAUUGCUCAGGCUGAUGGAAUCGUCGAUCACUCAUCGAACCUAUCUUUGGGUACGAAGUUAGUGGCAAUCAAGUUUUUGGGUGAUACUUCAACUCAGAAGGAAAAGAACGAAUUUUACAGAGAUGUCAGGAUUUUGUCGGCAUUGGAUGAUGCGAAUAUUGCGAAGGUUUUGGGCGUUUGCAGUGAGGAAGAUCCGCUUUGCGUUGUAAUGGAAUAUUUGGAGCACGGAGAUUUGUGUCAAUUUCUUAAGACGCAUAUUGCAGCUGAAAGCAAUUGCACCGUUCCGCACGGGGUUAAAUCUCUUUCUCCGAAUUGUCUUCUCUAUAUGGGAGCACAGAUCGCUUCGGGAAUGCGUUAUCUGGAGUCGCUUAAUUUCGUACAUCGCGAUUUAGCAACUAGAAACUGUUUGGUGGGUAAAGCCUACCAGAUCAAAAUUUGUGAUUUUGGGACUUACAACGAAGUGUAUUACAAUGAUUAUUACAAAGUGGACGGGAACGUUCCGUUACCCAUCAGAUGGAUGGCCUGGGAGAGUGUUUACCAAUCGAAAUAUACGACGAAGAGCGAUGUCUGGGCAUUUGCCGUCACCUUGUGGGAGAUCCUGACUCUUUGCCGGAGGCAGCCGUUCAACGACUUCAGCGAUCCGUUGGUGAUGGAGAACUUGGCGCAUAUGCAUUGUGAUGACGGACAAUUUACAUACCUACCUCGUCCUUUAACGAAUAAAGACAUUUACGAUUUGAUGCUGGAGUGUUGGAAGAGAAAGGAUUCCGAACGGCCUUCCUUUAGAGAGAUACACUUAUUCCUACAAAGAAAGAAUUUAGGGUACGCUCCUACAUAGCUUUAGUAAGACUGGUUUUAGUCUAGAGGGAUCAACAAAUUUAUAAAACUGUAAAUAUAAUACAGGGUGAUAAUUACAAAGAGAACAGAGAAAAAAAAUGAAAGGGUGAAAGAGAAAGAGAAAAUAAUAAAUCGCAAUAUUUAUUUUCAAUCGCUUCGAAUCUUCUAAUGCAAUCUGUAUAUAAAUAUAAACGAAAACAUUUAUUUACUGCCUUUAUAUACAUACAUAUAAAUAUAUUUAAAAAAAUAUAUAUGAAACGAAACGAAGAGACGAAGAAGCGUAUAUUACAGAAAAAAGAACACAACUUUUAUUUGCUUUAACUUUGUUAUCAAAGAAACUAUAGCACAAUAACGAGACAAUGUAUAGAUAGUAAUUACUAAGUUAAUAAAAUAGUGUCAUGAUAAUGUAUAUUCCGCUUAUCAAGGAUAAUCUUUGUUUGAACCGUUCAGCACUGAAGUAAAAGUUAUCGUUGAUAAUAAUGGAAUUAGGGUUCAUAAACAGCCUAAAUUUAUAUAUUAUAUAUACUAGUCAAUUUAUUCGCCUGGAAACGUGGAGGAUGAAAUCGAUUCUUGGAAAUCUGUCGGAAUUUUGUACUCCAAACUAAUUUUGUAUUGAAUUUCAUACAAAUUCAUUAUUCUAUUAUAGCUACGAUAUAUGAUGAUGAGAUGAUAUUAUUAUUAAGUUUUUCGUUUUUCAGGGUGCCAACAUAUUAUUAUUAUUCUUAUUUGUUUAACAUUUAAUGCAUUCCAAAUCCUAAUACUACCCCCAUGGCACACAAUACUUGUUAUUCAUUCACACCAAAACUAUGUCAGUGUUAAGAUUUAUUUUUUCUAUUAAUCAUUAUUAUAACAUAUCAAAUCAAUAAAGAAUUGCAUUU